CGGAAACCAAAAAGCCGUAUCACCAUUUCGGCAUUACCUUUCUCUCAUUUUCUAUAUAAAUACACUUUCUUCAUUUGUAGUUUCAGUCCUCUAUCAAUGGCUCUGAUGCUGUAACUGUCAAUGCAUUGACUUCCCGUGCCACCAUUUCCACUCAUUAUUAUGCAUUUCACCCUGAUAUGUUUCACAAACUGGGCGCCCAACGCCUGAUAUACCGUGCCCAAAUCUCAAAGUUUGUGAAAGCUGGCCUCAUCGAUCAAGCUGUCCACGUGUUCGACGAAAUGACUCAAUCAAAUUGUCGCGCUUUCAGCAUUGAUUACAAUCGUUUCAUCGGUGUUUUAGUUCGCCAUUCCCGUUUUGAACUUGCCCAACAUUAUUACCAACAAAUGGGCCCUCUAGGCUUCUCUUUAACACCCUUCACUUAUUCUAGGUUUAUUUCAGGUUUAUGUAAAGUCAAGAAUUUUGGUUUAAUUCACAUUCUUUUAAAUAACAUGGAUAGGCUUGGUCUUGUGCCUGAUAUUUGGGCCUUUAACAUUUAUUUGAGUCUUUUGUUUUCUGAGAACCGGAUUGAGUUAGCUUUGGAAGAGUUUGAUAAAAUAGUUAAUAAAGGAAGGGAGCCUGAUGUUGUUACAUAUACAAUUAUCGUUGAUGGGUUGUGCAAAGCAAAGGAGUUUGAUAGAGCUGUUCAAGCUUGGAAACAGAUGAUUGAAAAAGGGAUAAAACCAGAUUUAAAAGCUUGUACAGCGCUUGUUAUUGGGUUGUGUGACGGUGGGAAAAUUGAUUUAGCUUAUGAGUUAACAGUAGGUUCAAUGAAGGGAAACGUUGAGUUUGGCUUGUUAAUUUAUAACACGUUGAUUAGUGGCUUUUGUAGGGUUGGUAGGAUUGAUAAGGCUAGUGCAAUAAAGAGGUUUAUGACGAGAAAUGGAUGUGAGCUAGAUUUGGUUACUUAUAAUGUGUUGUUGAAUUAUUACUGUGAUGAGGUCAUGGUGGGAGAGGCCGAGAAGCUGAUGAAGAAGAUGGAGAAGAGUGGGAUAGAACCUGAUGCAUAUAGUUACAAUCAACUUCUUAAGGGCCUUUGUAAAGCUAGCAGACCAGAUAAAGCUUAUUUGUUAAUGUUGAGUAAGAUGGAGGCAAAAGGGUUAUGUGAUGUUGUAUCAUACAAUACUAUUAUCAAAGCAUUUUGCAAGGAAAGUCGUACUAGAAGAGCUUAUAAACUGUUUGAGGAAAUGAAACAGAAGGCGAUUGCACCAGAUGUAGUUACUUAUACUAUUCUAAUAAAAGCGUUUCUUAGAGCAGGUAGUUCUGAUUUAGCUAAGAAGCUUCUAGAUCAGAUGAUGGGAAUGGGUUUGUUGCCGGAUCGUAUAUUUUACACUACAAUUGUUGAUUACCUAUGCAAGAGUGGGAAAAUUGAGAUGGCUCAUGGUGUUUUUCUGGACAUGAUAGAGCAGGGAAUCACCCCUGAUGUGGUUUCAUACAAUGCCCUCAUUAAUGGACUCUGCAAAUCUUCUAGAGUAAGUGAAGCCAUGCAUCUCUACGAGGAAAUGCAGACCAGAGGAUCACAUCCUGAUGAAGUAACAUUCAAAUUGAUUAUUGGUGGGCUCAUUCGAGAGAAGAAGCUUGAAAUAGCUUGUAGUUUGUGGGAUCAGAUGAUGGAGAAGGGUUUUACUCUUGAUAAUGCAGUUUCAGAUACUCUAAUCAAAGCUAUCCAUUCAGGAGAUGUUGCACAACAUUGAGAAAUGGUUGAAGUUUAUGGUGUUAAUGUUAUGUUCUCUGUCCUCUACUGCAAAGCUACUGAUAUUUUUGGUCUGCAUUAUCUUAUGUUGCCGUGGCAGAUUCUGAAAAGCGGGGCAUUCAGCUUGAAUCUGCAUCUUAUCUGGGCUUCUCCAGGACACACGACCUAAUUUUUAAACAGAAGUGGAAGGGGAUGCUUAUGUUUGAAACCUUGAAAUCCAGAAACAGAGAUUUUGAAUACAGAUGUCUAUCAUAGGCUAGCAGAUUGAAUGAUCACAACCAUCUGCAGCAUUUUCAACUAUUCUGGGCAGAUUGAAUGAAUGGAUCAAAGGUCUCAUCAAAUUGUUUGAAAUUUGGUUAGCUGCCCUGUUUUAGCACUUUAAUAUGGAAGAUGAUACCAAACCCUGAGAUUUGGGGAUACAAGUAAAAUAUUUAGCGAAGGUGAUGCGAGGAAUCAGGAAAUUGCUUUUGAGCUGGACUUAAUUUCCAAUUGCCUUAAGAGAAUUUUAACAACAGUUGUCAGUGUACUCUGCAAAAAUUGCCUGCUUGCUUGUUUCACAUCAUGGGUCUUUGUGUUUGUGUACUGAUGCUGCUACUAGGACUCGUCUUUUGUCCUUUUAAAUCCCCGGUUGACUAGAAACAAUCAAACUGAUUGUUAGUUAAUAUUAUUGUGAGUUUAAAUUGCUAGCUUCAUUGAAGAAAAUAAUACUCUUCAAAGCUGCUGUUUAUUUAUUUAAUCAAUAAUAUUUAUAAAUUUUAGCGGGAAAAUAGGUUUGGCAAAUGUCAUUCCUUUUUCCACCU